UUUUUUUUAAUUUUAAAAAUUUAAACCAGUCUGAUUAUUAAAGGGAGAUUAUAGUCUAGGUAAACAAGACGCGGGAAUUACAAGAGAGAUUCUAGGUGUAACACACAUGCAGAAAUGAGUGAAAAAGUUCAGAAGUCACAUAGGGACAUGUAUAAGGCAAAAACACCACCGUGGAAAGAUGCUUACAGAAAGAGAUGCAUGGAUAGAUUAAGGGAUAGCAGAGACAAGCUGAAAGCUCGCUUCAGAAAGUUACCAGCAAUGAAGAACAAUGAUAAUUUUAUUGAGGAAUUGAUGAAGGAGGAAUGGGAAAUUCUAAGGAAGGAACAGGAGAAAGCAGCUCAGGAAUUUGACAUAGAGAAUGAAAGCAGCCUUGACUUUAAUAUUGAUCAGAUACUAGACAUGUUUGAGGAUAUACAAAAGGAACUUAGACAGGAAGAAUUACUCAUGAUGGAAGAUUAUUCAAAUUAUGAAGAAAGUUUGUUACUAGAAGAGAAGUCGUUGUGUACAGCCAUUGAUAAACUGUCAACUGAGGAAGUAAUUUGUCCUUUGUGUAAAAAGAGUGCUCUUCUUACCAAUAAAUCUGUGAUAUUUUGCUGCUGUGGUCUUCGAAUCGAUACGGAGCAAGACUGUCUCACUUUAAGUAAUGUGAAACAGAUGCUGGACUCCGGCUUGGAACAGCAUGGUGAAAAAUGUGACUGCGAGCCAGUAUAUACUGUGAUGUCUGAAACGGGAACCAGCAACCUGUUAAUGACUUGUCCUGACUGUGAUUGGAUGUCUGUUGUGAUAUAACUACAAGCCCUGCCUUCCUCAUUUGCAUGCCUAGUUGUGUUCAUCAAAUGAAAACAUUGUGUCAUUGCUUAAUUGUUGUAUGUACAUGUAUGUAAUGAUUAGGUCUGAAUAUUAACUUGUAUUUUCUAGUCAUUUAAAUAUGGCUAAUUGUGAAACAAAAUGAAAAUGACAUUGAACAAUUCUUGAAUAUUAACAAAAUUAGUUUAUAUUAAUUGGAGAGCAUUACAUUUAAGUUUAUGUUUGAAAAAUUGAAAAGGGGAAAAAAACUAUGAAUCCUAAUAUGAAGGACUUCUAUUGGAUUCUGUUUACUAUAGAAAUUACAAAGUAAUUUUAUAUGCAGAAUAAUGUAAAUGUUUCAUGUCAAGGAGCACUUGUUGAAUAAAAUGUCAAUUUAAAUGUCAUGUAAGAAGGAAAGUCACAAAUAGAUUCAAUAUUUCUAGGAUUCAACAGUUUAUUAUAUUGCCUGUUCUGUGAACAAAAAUUAUUGUGAACGUCCCACAAAGUUGUGAUAAGACAUGUAGAUAUAUUUAUAAUAAAUGUAUAAAUGUUAAUUGUAUUUAUAUUAAAUAUGUAAAAGUUA